AUGUCCAAGCGGAGGCCGGUAAUGAGCGGUGUUCCUCAGGGAUCAGUCUUGGAACCUGUGCUCUUCAACCUCUUCAUCAAUGACAUUGAUUAUGGGUGUGAGUGCAUCCUCAGCAAGUUUGCCCAUGACACUGAGUUGAGUGGUGUGGUUAACAUGUUGGAGGAAUGCGUCUCGCGCCGCCGGCCCGCCCUCCCGCCGAGAUGCGGCAGGCAGCCUCUGCUCUCGCGCGACUUGUGGCACCGCCGCCGCUUCCGGCUUUGCGCUGCAAUGGCGGCGUCGGGCAGCGAGGAGGAGCGGGCGGGUGGCGCGGCGCUGGGCGCGGGACAGUGUCACCCCGGCGUGGCGCGACGGCGUGGACGGACGCUCCUGGUGCGGCACCUGCCCGCCGAGCUGACCGCGGCGGAGAAGGAGGAUCUGCUGCAGCACUUCGGGGCGGUGGCCGUGCGCGUCCUGUCGGACCACGGACGGCUGAAACAUACUGCUUUUGCUACUUUUCCUAGCGAAAAUGCUGCUGUAAAGGCUUUGUCAAGACUGCAUCAGCUGAAACUUUUAGGGCACACUUUAGUUGUUGAAUUUGCAAAGGAGCAAGAUAGCGUGCAGGUACUUAACCAGCCUUCACAGUCAGACAAAUGUAAAAGUUCAGAAGAGCCGGUGAAAGAAGAAGAGAAGAGAGAACCAAGCUGUCUUAAAAUAGAGAAUGGAAUUGCACCUAGCCAUGGCCUCACAUUUCCCAUCAAUUCUUGCCUCAAGUAUCUGUAUCCACCACCUUCAAGCACAAUUCUAGCAAAUAUAGCAAAUGCCUUGGCAAGCGUGCCCAAGUUUUAUGUUCAGGUACUUCAUCUUAUGAAUAAAAUGAAUCUUCCUCCGCCUUUUGGACCAAUUACUGCUCGUCCUCCCAUGUAUGAAGAGUAUUUACCAGUGCCUGUGCCACCCCCACCAAUUCCACCUUUGCCUCCUGAAGAGCCUCCUUUGCCCGAAGAGGAAGAAGAGCAAGUCUCUAGUGGAGAUGAAUCAGAAUAUGAAAGUGAUAAUGAGGAGGAAAAAGAGAGAAUGACCAAAUUGAUGGAAUUAGCGAACCUUCAACCUAAAAGACCAAUAAACACGAAGAAGCGUGGUGUUAGAAAAAAGCAAAGAAUUAAGGACUUACUGAAUGUUCCCACAUGUACUCCCCACAGUAAUUUGCACCCUACCCUGUCACCUUCAGAUGUCUUUGAGCAACCACAGCAUGUAGGUCUUAAAAAGAUUGAGUUCCAUAUUACUAGUGACAUCCCAUCUGUUCUUCAGAUAAACUCGGAAAGAGAAGAAAAAAAUGAUCCUUAUGCUACCACAGAAGAAAUCAAUAAUACAGGAUUUGGAAGGAUUUUUCCAACUCCUAGCUCAAAUGAUAAAAUGGAAACAGAGGAAGAAGAUGAUGAAAUACCAUCAGAGUUUAUUUCUAGAAGAGAACUAGAGAAAAACAGACUUUCUAGAGAAGGUACAACUGUGACAAUAAAUUAUGUAAUAGAAACUGCUUGCUUUGUUGUAAUAAAAAGUUUAAGUAUUUUCACUAUUAAUUUACCAUAUGUAAUUUAAUAAUUUGUUUUAUUCUUAGCAAAAA